AUGCUCCAGGGGUCGGCCCGCACAUGGUUGAAGAGCCUGCCGGUGGGCAGCAUCAACGCGUGGGUCGAUUUCAAGCAAGCCUUCGUACGCAACUUCACCGGGACCUACUGGCGACCCGGCCGUCCCAGCCAGCUCGCCAUGUGCGUGCAGGGGCCGGCGGAAAGCGGCCGCGAGUACCUCGGACGUUGGACCGAGCUCCGGAACAGCUGUGAGGGCGUCCACGAAGUCCAAGCAAUCCAGUACUUCAUCAACGGGUGCCGGGAUGGCACCCUCCUCAAACACAAGCUCUUACGCUCCGAGCCGGCCACCAUGGCCGCGCUCAUGGUGACGGUGGACAAGCACGCCAACGCCGACUCCACCAUGAAGAUCCAGGUGGCACUGGACGAAGCCGGCAAAGCAAAGCCGGUUCCCCCUCCGAAGCCGGCCGGCGAAGGCAGCCGGCGGCAGCACAACCAGCAGAACAACAAGCGCAAGGCCGACCAGCCGGCCCAGCGCUACGACAACCGGCUCGUCGCGGCCGCCGAGCAAGCGCCCGUGGCUGACCCGGCCGCCAAAUGCCGGCAAGACGGCGUGGCAGCCCGCCAUGAGUUUUGA